AUGUCGAACAAGGUUCACGUAGGGAGCAUUGAGAUGGAUGAAGGUUUGAGAAAACCAAAGUGGAAAGUUCUAGAACCUUCUGAGAAGAUUAAGAAGAUUCCGAAAAGGCUUUGGGAUGUCGGAAAACAAGAUCCGAGGAGGGUAAUACAUGCCCUUAAAGUAGGUCUCUCGUUAACACUUGUUUCUUUGUUAUACCUCAUGGAACCUCUCUUCAAAGGCAUUGGAAGUAAUGCCAUUUGGGCCGUCAUGACCGUUGUGGUCGUCCUCGAGUUCUCUGCUGGUGCAACGCUAUGCAAAGGGCUUAAUAGAGGAUUAGGGACACUAAUCGCGGGAUCUUUGGCAUUUUUUAUUGAGUUUGUAGCUAAUGAUUCCGGAAAAGUUCUUCGAGCUAUCUUCAUUGGCACUGCCGUUUUUAUCAUUGGAGCGGCUGCAACUUAUAUAAGAUUCAUACCAUACAUAAAGAAGAAUUAUGAUUAUGGUGUUGUGAUAUUUCUCUUGACAUUCAAUCUUAUAACGGUUUCGAGCUAUCGAGUAGAUAGUGUGAUAAGCAUAGCACACGAUAGAUUCUAUACUAUAGCCAUUGGUUGCGGAAUUUGUCUUUUCAUGAGCCUUUUGGUUUUUCCGAUUUGGUCCGGUGAAGAUCUCCACAAGACUACCGUCGCUAAACUUCAAGGCCUCUCCAGCUCUAUAGAAGCAUGUGUGAGUGAGUACUUUGAGGAGAAAGAAAAAGAAACAUCAGAUUUAAAAGAUAGAAUCUAUGAAGGGUAUCAAGCUGUUUUGGAUUCCAAAUCCACCGAUGAAACUCUUGCAUUAUAUGCAAAUUGGGAGCCAAGACACACGAGACGAUGUCAUAGAUUUCCAUGUCAACAAUAUGUUAAAGUUGGAGCUGUUCUUCGUCAAUUUGGUUACACUGUUGUUGCUCUUCAUGGUUGCUUACAAACUGAGAUUCAAACUCCAAGAUCGGUUCGCGCUCUAUUCAAGGAUCCUUGUGUAAGAUUAGCCGGAGAAGUAUGCAAAGCAUUGUCGGAACUCGCAGAUAGCAUCUCGAACCACCGUCACUGUUCACCGGAAAUUCUCUCCGAUCAUCUCCACGUGGCACUCCAAGACCUUAACUCCGCGAUCAAGUCUCAGCCUAAACUCUUCCUUGGCUCCAAUCUCCAUCGCCACCACAACAACAAUAAACACCAAAACGGCACCGUUUUGCAACACAACGAUAACAAACACCUAAACGGCUCCGUUUCGCAACGAAGCAACAGUAAUAGUGGAAAAGACUUAAACGGCAACGUUUCGUUUCAAAAUACCGAACCCCGUUCGCGCCAAGGCCAAAACGGCGCCGUUUCGCUCUCGAGCUUUAGGACUGACACUUCAGCUUUAAUGGAAUACCGAAGAUCUUUCAAGAACAAUAAUAAUAGCUCGGAGAUGUCAUCAACGGCUGGAGAGAGGAGAAUGUUACGACCACAAUUGAGUAAAAUCGCGGUGUUGACUAGCCUCGAGUUCUCUGAGGCUUUGCCUUUCGCGGCGUUUGCUUCAUUGCUGGUGGAAAUGGUAGCGAGGCUUGAUAAUGUGAUCGAGGAAGUGGAAGAAUUAGGAAGGAUCGCAUGUUUUAAGGAGUAUGAUAACAAGCGAGAUCCAAUGGCUGACGAUUUACGAUGCGGAAAACCGGCGAAUGUUUCGAUUAGUGUUAGUGCUGCGGAAUGA